AGUACUACGUUAGAGGAUACAGCUUUGAACUGAAGUGUGUGAACUAUGACUAUGUGGACGCACAAUUAACCUGGACUUACCCAAACUCAAACGCUGAGCAUGGAUUGGAACAAGAUAGCAAUGACAGUCACCGCUGGAGCUUUCUAAGGGUACAGAACGCCUCGGAGAGUGACACAGGAGUCUACAUUUGCUCCGUCAGCGCUCCAGGCUAUUUGCCAAAUAGUGAUUUAGUGAACAUCACUAUCAGGGGUAGGCCCCACAAGCUGAAGAUGAACGGUGUUCCUUCCUCUCUCAAGGAGGGAAUGAGUCUGAACAUCACCUGCUCAGCCGUGGGAUUUCCUCCAGCUGAUGUCAGUUUACAGUUUCAAUACUGCUCCAGUGGAAAUAACUCCUGUAGUCCCCCGGUAAAGGUGCUUCAGACUGGAAAGGAGAAUACUGCCGUCCUCACUCCUGGAAACAUUGUUGAGAAAAAUAUGACCUUCUCUCCCCACACCUCGGGACUAUUGUGGUGCGUUGGGGAAAACAUUCUUGGAACUGGAAACACAUCAGCUGCUGUCAGGAUAUCUUCUCGAGGGGUGAGCAAAGGAGUCCAAGUGGAGUUGACUAUAUCCCUCGUGGGCAUUGCGUUGCUGUUUCUUGUGGUCUUUGUUCUUCUGACCCAAGUGAAGAGGGAAAGAAAGAAAAGUGAAUCAUUUAAAGCAAUGAGGGAUCGCCUGAUAAAGGGUAAUAUUGGCCAGCUGAACCCCAACUGCACAGUUGAGCAACAAGCAGUCAAUCUGCCUUAUGAUGAAAGCAGGUGGGAGGUACCCCGGAGGAACAUCACACCAGGAAAGCUGUUGGGCUCAGGUACCUUUGGCCAGGUGAUUAAGGCAACUGUGAUAGGCCUGAGGGGUCGUGCUACCACCAGUUCCACCACUGUUGCCAUCAAGAUGUGUAAGAGUCCAACUUUCAAACAGCUGGAGGCCUUCAUCAUGGAGCUCAAGAUAAUGAUCCAUCUCGGCCAACACCUCAACGUAGUCAACCUGAUGGGAGCCAGCACGGUCCAGUGCGACCAAGAUCUCUGGAUUCUGGUUGAGUACUGUCGAUUUGGUGACAUCCUUAAUUUCAUGAAACGUCAUCGCAGAGAAUUCAUAGAUCAGAUUGAUGCUGCCACUGGCAGGAUUGACUUUGAGAGGACUGCCAUGGAUCCAUCCUCUCCGUUGCCCCAUUCCUCCCGUCACGUACAAGCACCUGUCGACACGCAAGCCUCUCUGGCUCUCAGCUCUCCUCAGUCUGCGCUCUCUGCCCAUCCACCAGGCCACUGUGCUAAGGCUGUUCACCUUUCCACUGUGUCAUCUGACAACUCUUCCACAAACCUCACACGACAAACCUCAUCCCCCUUGUCUCCUUCAGACUCCUGUUUCAUGGGUGAAGCUCAUUCAGACUCCAAAGGGAAGGCCUUCACAUAUGAGGUUGGCAGUGUCCCGGGGGUCAGUGCUCCCUUCUCCACCUGUGAUCUCCUGUCCUGGGGAUGGCAGGCGGCCCAAGGCAUGGCUUACUUGUCCAAUAGAAAUAUCCUUCACGGUGACUUGGCGGCUCGGAACCUUCUCCUUGCUGACAAUAAUGUGGUGAAGAUCAGUGACUUUGGUAUGUCUCGGGACGUAUAUAAAGAUAACGUCUACAAGAAGAAAAAGGACGCCCUCAUGCCCAUCAAGUGGUUGUCAGUCGAGGGCAUUCGUGACCGAAUCUUCUCUGUGCAGAGCGAUGUUUGGGCUUUUGGUAUUACCCUGUGGGAGAUAUUUUCCUUGGGGGGCUCACCUUACCCAGACAUUGACUGCACCGGCCUGCUGCGGCAUCUGGAGGAUGGCCACAGGAUGAGCCGUCCCAAAUAUGCCAAUGAUGACAUCCACAUAGUUAUGAUGGAGUGCUGGAAGGCAAAACCAAUGGAGCGACCUUCCUUCUACCAACUGGUGGACAUUCUGGGAUAUAUGAUGCCAUCAAGAUUCAGAGAGGAAUACUUGGUCACGAAUGGCGUCUACUGUUUCAUGCAAAUGAAUAAGGAGAGAUUCAAGGUUGAGCCGGACUACAUCACCAUGAUGGCCAAUCCAACCUUUGAGAAUAUGACCAAGGCUGCAGAGCCUGAUGGCACAUUGGACAAAGAUGAUCAGGAGCAUAUUAACAACUCUGCCUCGGUGGAGAUAGAGAUCCCAUGCAGAGUCAGCUACACGCCAGGGGAACGGUGUCCCUCCACCCUUUCCCCUGGGAGCAAUUACCUCCCUAUGAAGGAUUGUGUGAAUCCUGUGCGCCCCUCCAGCAAUGUCUUCAGCCCCAGGUCGCAGGAGGAGCCUUCAGAAAGAUUUACCUUCCCCUCAAAUACCAACAAGAGUAUUCGGUUAUCAUCUCUUCCUGAGGAGGAAGAAACCAACCUUCUAGAGUCCAAGCAAUCCCCAGCAAACACUCCCUUCCAAGGCAUGACAGCACAGCCACCUUCAGAAGAAGACAUAGCAAGCCACACCAAAGAUGACAUGCCUGUAGCAGAAAAUAUAAAUAUUGGCGACGACUGCAUAAUCAUACCGUCUACGGGUUAGGAAUACCUCAGCAAGCGCCAGAGGGCCUGCGCCCAACAAAUGAAGGAGAUUUUUCCUGAGCAGAUCAGAUUCUUAUGUGCUUCCCGAAGUGGAAAUACCAACAAAAAAACUGGUGGCCAGGCAGUGGGCAUCCCCUCUUAAUUAAUGUUUGUGCUGUGUUUACAGUAUAUCUAAAUCGCAAAUACUUAAAAUUUCCCUUCAAAGACACUUGUAUUGAGAUCAUUUGUCUCACACACGUCCCCAGUUAUUUUUGGGCUGGGCUUACGACCCCCAGCACCUCUUACGAGGCUAUGCCGCUGUGAUUGGUUUUGACAGUGCUCUCAAAGGAAGA